UCAGUUGAUCGUAGCAAGCCGUCGCGUUCGGAUGUCGAUUCUACUAGUGCGAUCCGUAACCGUGUGAGUGUUUUUGUGGUAUAUCGUUUGCAGCAGGCCGACAGAAGAACUUGGCAGAAGUGAAGGCGCGCGCGCAAAUUGGAGUUAAACUUUUUGGAAAGUGCUUCGGACACAGACGAGUGAGUGGAACGGAAUUCAUAGGCUGCUUGGAAAUAAGACUUGGAUCUUUUCGCCUGGCUCGCGUGUGGUGUUUGGCGCAGCAGCCACCGAAGAAAGGCUAGUGAAAUUGUGCAGUUUUUCUUUUUUACUCCAUUCAUCCGCGAGUCAGCGCUUUUCCGCAUGAUUCGGUGAUUGCUGCGAAAAAAAAAAUGUGCCGUGAGGGUGGUGAUUUUUACGAAUGAAAUACGUUUCGUACGAAAAGUACAUGGGAUUGUUUUUUUUUUUACUUGAACCGGUAAACUGCCAAAAUCGGAAGCGGAGAGAAUUUUCGUACGGAAGAAAAAAGUUUUUUUUUGUUCGGUCGUGUGUAGCCCAGCGUGACCAAGCCCCCGUACCCGUGCCGCAUACCGAGAAGUUUACAGACCACAAUCUCGUUCUGUCUCAGUUGCUGUGCGAGAGAAAGAGAGAGAAAUCUUAUAAGAAAAUAUCGUUAGAAGGAAGUUCCGAGGCGCGUACAGAGAAACAGGGAUCGGCAUCGAUUGGUACCAGCAAACGUCACCCCGCAGCGGUUAAUUGCAAAGGCAAGGCCAACUUGAUCCUCUCGCCAACUUCAGUCUCAACUUCACCAGCUAGCAGCGGCCUGUGAGGAAACAACGAACGCUUCCGACUGAACGGAUCUAAUUGCCAAAACACGUGCACCGGCAAUCGGCUGGAUGUCGGAUCUAUAAAAAAUGAUCCCGGUUGGAAGUUCCCGAACUCCCCGUGGAUGAAAAACGAAAAAAAAAUACGAUAACGUCCGUUCCUACAACCAAACAAACAAACAAACAACCACAGUAGGCUAACGAAAUUUUGUUUCCCGGUUUGGAUUCUCACCACGCCGAACGGUGCCGGAGUGACUAACCGGGUGAGCUGAGUUGAGUGAGUGCGUGAGUGAGUGAGUGAUUAGUGAUAUUGUGCGAUUCGGUGCGGUGGUGUGCCAUUAUGACGUCUUCCAACGACAUCGGAGGCGGCGGUGGUGGUGUUAACGGAAGAACCGGUCAUCACCAUCAUCAUCAUCAUCGGAGGAACAGUGGCCAGAACAGUAGCAAUAACAAUAGCAACAACAACAUUGUCACGCGAAGAAUCAGCAACGUGAGUGUCAAUAAUAACAACAGUGUAAACAAUCUUAACGGGUACAACAAUCACAACGGCGGAAACAGUCCACGGACGGAUAAGGACAAGGAAUGGGAUUUUAAGCAGAAAAGUACAAAAUAUCCGGAAUCGGACGACUGUGAUUCGUUGCCGCCACCGCCCCCACCGGAAGAUGAACCGCCGUACUUCGAUGAUCUUCCGCCGCCGCUUCACCACAACCAUCUGAGCCACCUGAACCACUUGGAUCUGGACCGAACCGUGCACGUCGGUUCCAGUCCGGAAAAGUCCCGCAAACAUCGAUCCAAUUCGGACAGUAGCCAGUCGAAACCUCACCACCACCAGCAGCGGAACGGAACGACCGGGCCGGGACACAAGUCGGGCGGUGCGAACGGACAUCAUCACCAUCACCACCAUCAUCAUCAUCGGCACUCGAAAAGCAGCCGGGCGGACUCGGUUCUGUCGAGUGAUUCGGACAUCCGGUUCACCCGGCGAAAGCUCGGUGACAACCAGAAGUGUGGCUGUGCGCUGAUUGCCGGCUUUCUGCUGAUUCUGCUGUUUGCCGGUGUUGUUGUUUAUGUUGGAUACACCUACCUACGACCGGAGCCGCUGCCAGAUCGGAUAUUCCGUGGCCGAUUGCGGGUGAUCGAGGGCGAUCACUGGACACCGGAGUUGGCCGAUCAAAACUCGCUUCGAUUUCAGCACCGUGCCCGGGACUAUCGAGAACGAAUCAACCUGAUUAUGCGACGAUCGGAUCUACGGGAACCGUACGAGGGCAGUGAAAUACUCGCUUUGGAUGGCAACGAAGGCGAAGACGUCACGCUUCACUUUGCCAUGUACUUCGAUCCGUACGCUGAACUGGUCUCGAGUGCCGAUCUUCAUUCGAUUCUGAUGGAGGAAAUUAUCUCCGAUCAUCCCCGGUACUUCCGCAAUCUGACCAUCGAUCCGUCCAGUUUGGUGAUUAAGGAAGUGCUGGGACAGUUUGAUGACAUUCCGGGAACAUCGUCGUCUCCGUUGGGCGGCAAGGAUGACAUUCCCAACGAAAUAAUUACCACCGUUCGACCUCCGCGCAAAUGUGAACCGCUUCGUUUGAACUACUGCCGAUCGGUUGGUUACAAUUUGACCACUUAUCCGAACUAUUUCGGGCACAAUUCGAUCGAAGAAGUCGAGACGGAUUUGAUUUCCUUCCGCGAACUGGUCGAUGCCGAAUGUUUCCGGCAGGCGUUUGAUUUUAUCUGUCGCUUGUUGCAACCUCCCUGCGAGUAUCGGCGUAUCGAAGAACCGACACCGGGCCGCGUGUGUCGCCAGUAUUGUCAGGCAUUCUGGAGUGGUUGCGGUGAUCGAUUGCCGGAACGGUUCAAGAAGUUCCUGGACUGUGAACGCUUUCCGGAAACCACUAGCAUUCAGUCGUGCUACAAUCGACCGGGAUGUGCCACGGAGCUACAGACGAAUGCGAUGUCAUCUCGGUUGUGCGACGGAGUGGCGGACUGUCCGGAUUUGUCGGAUGAAAAUACCUGCACGUUUUGUCCGUACGGAGCGAUCUACUGUGGGCGUGGUCGGGUUUGCUACGCCCGUAACGCCCGCUGUGAUGGGAAAAUGGACUGUCCGGAUGGGGCUGACGAAAAGGAUUGUCUUUCAAUUUCACCACAAGUGACGUACCUGACGUUCCCGGCACCGAUUGUUCCCUAUCGUCCUCGUUUCUACCCGGAAGGUUAUGCGGUCUUCUCCGAAAAGGGCAUCACUGGAAAGCUGUGUUCCGUCGGUAUGGAUUCGAACGAGUACGUACGGAAUACGGUGGCCGAAUCACUUUGCAAAGCUCUUGGUUUCGAACGGGUGGAAUAUUCGGAGGUACGAAACGAUACGGAACCGAAUACCAGCUAUGUGCGGGUGUUGGAUCCACGGGCUUCGGAGAUUUCUUUCGUUAGAACCACCUGCCAGAGCAAACAGUCGCUGUACGUUGGUUGCGGGCAGUUGGAAUGCGGUGUCCAGUCGGCACUGCCCAGUAAUCCAAAUGUCGGUCUUUCGAAGAUGGCUGCUCCCGGUGAUUGGCCCUGGCUGGCAGCACUGUUCCGUGCCGAUACGCAUGUUUGUGACGGGACACUGGUAUCAUCCGAUUGGGUCCUGACAACGGAAUCCUGCUUCCAGGGACAAGCGAAGGCUACUUGGAUUGCCAUUUUUGGGGUCGUUCGUUUAUCUUCCAAUGCACCUUGGACCCAACGACGCCGAAUUAUCGGUAUGGUAAAGUCCCCGGUCGAGGGCAGCACGGCGGCGCUGGUUCGUCUGGAACAUUCGGUAACUUACUCGGACUUUGUUCGACCGAUCUGCUUGCCGGACAUCCCACUUAAGGAAACCAUCGACCGGAGCGACCAGGCGACACCGACUCCCCAUGCCGAACGGUUUUCCAAAACACGUCCUAGCGGUGCCAAACGUAUCAAGGAAAACCGACAGUACUUUGAAACUCCAGGCGAUGACAGUGACGCGACGUCCGAAGAUUACAGCGAAGUGACCGAAUCAUCGCGCUACUCGAUCAAUGAAUUUGCAGCCGAAUUUGCCGACGAAGGUUCGCAGAUUCCGAAGGCGGAAGCCGUAGGUGCGGUCAGUGGAGCCCGGAAUGCGUACCCUCUGCCGGAGAACUCACCCCAGACGAACAAUUACAUCUCCCCGUUGAAUCACAUCGGUAACAAUUUUCAACCGCCGAAAGCGAAACCAACCGUGUGGACUAACUGUAACACGUUGGGUUGGAGCCGACAGCGUGAUCAUCUGCAGCGGGUUCAGCUCAAGAUCAGCGAUAUGAAGCCAUGCGAGAACGUUUCGAUUGCUACGGUGAAUAGCAUGUGUACCGAGGCGGCCUACCACAAGCAGGACUGCAGCGAAGAGGAAUUCGCCGGAAGUCCGGUGGUCUGUUUGCUGGCAACCGAACGUAAGUGGGCCCUGGUCGGGGUAGCUUCCUGGCGGAUAGCCUGUGCCCCGAACGGAAUCGAACGGCCACGAAUGUACGAUAAAAUUACGUCCAACAGCCAAUGGAUUCGGGAAAUUAUUGCCGCUUCGGUGUAGUGUUGGCGAAAUUGGCGCCGCCUGGGGUGAUCAAAUUAUGUGCAAAUAUUAAGCUUAAUGUGUAUGUGAUUGUGUGAGCAGUUAGGGAGUGCACGAGGGAUUGCAGUUGAUGGAAAGAUACUUGUUAUUGCCAUUUGUUUAUCUCGGAAGAAAACUUGUGAAUUUUAUAUCACUAGAUGUAUAAAAAGGAACACCUUGAAUUAGUCUAAACAAUGCACCACCCAAAAACAAACUACCCAAACCAACGAGAGUUUAACAAACAAAAAAAGCAAGCAAAACACUUGUGAGAAUGAUCAUUUUUACGUGUUAUAAUUGUGAAUAGUUAACGAUUAAAGGAUGCUGUUUUAAACAUAUUUUUAAUGGAAAUGCGAAUUGUUAUGUUGCUAAACACUUCAAACCUUGAACUAGACUGCUUUUUUUGUGAAGGGAAACAAACCUAAAGCAAUCCAAAAACAUUGAAUAAAGAAAAUUUC